AUUUAUUAAACUUUUCUAAAACAAAAUACUUGAUUAGUAUAUCCACUAUAAUGGUAAAAAUGCCGAACAAUGAAGCAGAAAGUGAGGAUUCAGGUCCAGAUGUCAAUUCAAGUGAAUCUGAUUCCGAAAUGAGUGGCGACUUUAGCGAGUCGUCUGAAAUGACAGAAAACGAACUAAGAAUAGGAAGAAAGAUUGCAGAUUACCCAGAAAUAUUAAAUGAGCUUGAAAAACAAUUCUUCAUUUUAAGAGAGGAGUUGUACAAAGAACGUAUUAAACAAGUGGAUCACCAACUUCAUGAGAUUGAAAAUGGAAUGUCUAAAGAGUAUCUUGGUCCACUUCAAGCUUUGGCAGACAGAAUGAAUGCUCGCAAAGAAGUUGCUGAAAUCUUAAAGAAAUAUCGACUGGAAAAUAUACGCAACAAAUUUGAAUCUGAGGAGCAAGCUUCACGGCAGAAUUAUGAGAGUGAAAAGCAGAUUGCAGUCGACAAGCUUUUCGAAGAGCUUAAUGAAAAGAUAAGAAGACUUGAAGAAGAUAGCCAUAAUGUCGACAUAUCUUGGGCCGACUGGGGAUCUAAUGUUCGUUCAAGCAAAGUCCGUGGCCCAGGAAGAAAGAAACCCGUAACUGUAACAGGUCCAUACAUAGUUUACAUGCUUCGAGAGGAGGAAAUAAUGGAAGAUUGGACUCUUAUUCGAAAAGCUGUUAAAGGAAGUCGUAUGCACCAACAACGUGUUCAUUCAAUCAUUUAGUUCGUGCAAUUCCUCAGUAUAUUUCGUAAACUUUGUAAUUAUCUGUUAAUAAAGAUUUUUUAGAUGGACUAAGAAA